AUGGCAUUACAGUUUGAAAUGUUAGACCUUGGUGAACUAACUUGCUACAUGGGUAUUGAAGUAUUGCAAGAAAAUGGUUAUGUAAAGGUGAAGCAAGAGAGUUAUGCUAUGAAGAUUCUAAAAGAGGCAGGCAUGCAAGAGUGUAAUUCAACUCAAUGUCCGAUGGAGCCAGGACUAAAGUUGUCAAAAGCUGAAGAUGAACCAGAAGUUGAAGCUACCUAUUAUCGAAAAAUAGUAGGUUGCUUACGAUAUCUCUUACACACUCGUCCAGAUUUAUCAUAUUCGGUUGGAGUAGUUAGCCGUUAUAUGCAAAGCCCAAGAGAAUCUCAUGCACGCGCUAUUAAGCAAAUUCUUUGUUACUUGCGUGGUACUCCAUCUUUUGGGAUUGUAUACAAACAAAGUAAAAAUAUGAGCUUGAUAGGUUACAGUGAUAGUAGUCACAAUGUGGAUAUUGAUGAUGGCAGAAGUACAACAGGGCAUGUCUUCUACCUUUGUGACUCACCUAUCACUUGGUGCUCCCAAAAGCAAGAUACAGUAGCGUUGUCAUCAUGUGAAGCAGAGUUCAUGGCAGCUACUGCAGCUGCGUGUCAGGCGGUUUGGUUAAGGGAGUUAUUGGCUGAGCUGACAGGAAUGAAGAAACAGAAGGUGUUGAUUCGCAUAGACAACAAAUCAGCAAUAGCAAGCACAUUCACACUCGAUUCCACUUCAUUCAAGAACGUGUUGAAAAUGAGCAAGUGA